CGUUCCCCCUUGGAAGCCCCUCCAUGAACGAGUAUGCUACUGGUUCCCGUGGCCGCCCUGGAGCUACGGCCAGCUGCAAACCUCAAUGAGCUUGCACUGAACACGACCGAAUAUUACGCCGCCGACUUUCCUUACGCGGUUCUGGAUGUUGCUCUGUCUAGCGUUCUCUUUGGGGUGUUGACGUCGCUAGUCUUUGUCGCGCUGAUCUUCCUGACCCAGAGAGGACUAGCACAUACGGCUGUGAGGAUCCUCCUCCCUAGCACGCUGCUGCUAUAUGGGUCGACGGCACUCUAUAUGGCUGGGCUGGCGAGCUACGUUGUCAGCGUCAACCGUCUGGUCACCAAGGCCCAGCGCAAUCUCUUCUCCGACUCUUUCAGCGACGCAGACAUCAGCGCGUUCCGGGACGACAUACUCAAGCAAUCAUGGAUGAUGACAGCAGCUCUCGGCAUGAAUAUCCUGAUCGGCGAUAGCAUUGUCUGGUGGCGUGCCUGCGUGCUGUGGAAAAACAGGGUCGUGUACUGCGUUGGUCCGCUCCUGAUCAUGCUCGUAUUCGCUUUUGGAGUCAAGGCGCUAUCCGGUGUAGAGACCUGCACGAGUCCCUGCCGACAGCCGGAAAUGCUUUUGCCGAACGGUGCUUUCACCGACGUGUGCGCCAUCCUAUCGCUCGCCGUCAACGCUAUCGCAACGAUCCUGAUUGGGCAUAAGGCAUGGGUAUACCGACGCGUUCUGCGAGGACAACUUGGCCGCGGUCGCAGCAAGAUGCGCGCGAUGAAGGCGCUCGCGCUCCUCGUGGAAUCGGGUAUGAUAUACUGUAUUCUUUUGAUCAUUGUCGUCAUAUACGAAGCGAGCUCGGCGUUUUUCGUCUCGCCCGACGUGCAUCAGAACGGCUUCCUCGACACAGUCGCGUACUAUACGUACGCGUGUUUCAUCCCUGUCAUAGCCAUCUAUCCAGUGCUCAUCAUCGUCAUUGUCGCGCUCAACUGGUCGCCCAUUGAACACAGCAUGACACAAGUCAACAUGACCGGUCAUGGAGCUCCCGGCUCUCCUCAUGACGCUCGCGAUCACGAGGGUUUCACGAUGAGCACUGUGGUCAUGACAGAUACCCUACACUCUCAAUAUACCCAGGACGAUGUGAUCGAGGAUCCUCGACAGAAGGAUAUAGAAGCGGCUAGGUCGUAGCCUCAGUCUGCGGGCCGUUCGAGGCAGAAUGAGUUGAGAUGACGGGCUGCGACCGCUGGGUCCGCUAUCACAGCUGCGCAAGGAGCUCGAUCUGUGCGUGGACACCAUAUGGCUGGCUGCGAUGCGCCGCUUGGCCCUCUGGUCCUGGAACGUGUAAUCACCCACGUAAUCUCUCGACCAGCGGCACCAUCGUACGAGUACGAUCAGUGAUCUUUCCUUCCGCCGAGUUCAACGGUCAUUUCACCGCUACGUAUGUCUGCACUGCUCCAUGUACUCUAUAUGACCGUUCGCGGCCGCGAACGCUGAUGACUAGUAGAUGUUGUUUGUUCACUAGCUGCUUACGGGGCUGCUGCAUUGCCGCGCACUUGACUGGUAUUGACAUCCCAUUGUUCAGCUGCAUGCUUUGGUAGCAACCUCAAUCAGAACAGACCCAGACCCUCAACAUGAUGGCACCCUUCCCGCGCGCUGUUUUGUCUACCUAAGACUCAGUAGAGCUCUAAAAUUCUAAGAUC